CGUGCUCGCCGUAGUUGUUGGUGUCCGCUACCUAGUUAGCUUGCCCUCUUCGCAGUGGUAAGCGCUGUAAAAUGUUACUACCUGUUUGUGUGGGAUUAUAAAAAUGUCUGCGAAAGCAACAGGAACCAGAGGGUUUUAUUUCAAUACUGUCUUGUCCUUGGCGCGUUCUUUGGCCGCACACCGCCCUGCGCCUAUAGAUAAGGUCCAGAAGCUACAAUGCAUGUGUCCAGUAGAUUUCAGAGGGGUGUUCCAGCUGGACGAGAGAAGGAGGGAUGCGGUCAUAGCUCUGGGCAUCUUCCUGGUCGAGUCGGACCUACAGCACAAAGACGCUAUCAUCCCCUACCUGUUGGGGCUGCUGAAGGGACUUCCCAGAGUUCAAUGGAUCGAAGAAAGCUCUGGAAGCAAGGGACUUGAGAUCCUGCCGGUAGCAGAGAACUUCUGCUUCUGUCUGGGCACUCUUCUAUCUGACGUUGCCCAGCGAGAUAACACCUUGCGAGGACAGAUCCUGGAGGCCAUCAUGGACAUAAUGCAGGUCCUGCUGGACAUCUGCCUGGACCCAGAGAGCCAUGAUAAAGAAUACCUGUGCCGGUACACUGUGCCCUGCCUGUUGGGCGUGGCCCGGGCCUUCGGUCGCUAUAGCAACACAGAGGAGCCCCUGCUGUCCAAGCUAUUCCCGCGGGCGGGAGCCCCGCUGCUGUCCGGUGCCGAGGAGGCUGACCCGUCACGACGGCGCUCCUUCAACGACUUCCGCUCCAUCAUGCCGGCCUCGCUGCUCACAGUUUGUCAGGGAGACACCAUCAGGCGCAAAGGAAGCUCCGUGUCCAGCAUAUCACAGCAGGCCAGUCCAGAGCGAGCAGGACUGACUCUCAGCUGCCCAGUUGAUCCCUCUGCACAGUACUUUGAAGGCUCCUAUCUCCCUGAUGGUAGUGCUGUGGACCCAGACUAUUACUUCUCCACCAUCAGUUCUAGUUUCUCUGUGUCUCCUCUGUUCACGGGCAGUGCCCAGGGAGAGUUUGACGUCCCUCUGGACAUUCUGCGCCAGCUCCUCAACAUGGUUGAGCAGUUUGUCGCUGAAUCCUUUCUGAAAACACUGGAUGACACCUUGCAGGAAUUUCUGGAGUUGAACCCAGGUAUGCACCUGCACUACAGGACCUUCAGUGAUCCUCUGUAUGUGACCAUCUUCAAGAUGCUCAGAGACACGCUGUAUAACCUGAAAGACCUGCAGACGGGCUACGUGAAGGAGGUUCAUGACUUUGUCCUGGAGCAGUUCAGUAGUAGCCAGUCAGAGCUGCAGAGGAUCCUACAUGAUGUAGAUCACCUCCACAGUGAGCUGAGUCCUCUGAAGCUACGCUGCCAGGCGAACGCUGCCUGCGUCGACCUCAUGGUCUGGGCCGUCACUGAGGAGCAGGGAGCUGAGAACCUGUGUACCAAGCUGUCGGAGAAGCUGCAGUCCAAGACGUCCAGUAAAGUUAUCAUCGCUCACAUGCCCCUGCUCAUCUGCUGUCUACAGGGUCUGGGUCGUCUGUGUGAGCGGUUCCCGGUGGUGGCCCACUCUGUCACCAUGUCUCUCAGAGACUUCCUGGUGGUCCCCUCUCCUGUCCUGGUCAAGUUGUACAAGUACCACAGCCAGUACACCACAGGGACAGGUGAGGUCAAGAUCCACGUGACCAAUGAGCACUCCCAGUCUACGUUCAGUGCUCACGCCAAUAAGAAGAGCCAGCCCUCCAUGUACGAACAGCUCCGAGACAUCUCCAUAGACAACAUCUGCAGCUGUCUGAAGGCUGGUCUGACUAUGGACAGUGUUAUAGUGGAGGCUUUCCUAGCCAGCCUGUCCAACCGUCUCUACAUCUCUCAAGAGAAUGACAAAGAGGCCCACUUGAUCCCAGACCACACCAUCAGAGCCCUGGGUCACAUCGCGGUGGCUCUGAGGGACACGCCCCGCGUCAUGGAGCCCAUCCUGCAGAUCCUACAGCAGAAGUUCUGCCAGCCGCCUUCACAGCUAGACGUACUCAUUAUAGAUCAGCUGGGAUGCAUGGUCAUCACUGGGAAUCAAUAUAUCUACCAGGAGGUGUGGAACCUGUUCCAGCAGAUCAGUGUGAAGGCCUCCUCGAUGGUCUACUCCACCAAGGACUACAAGGACCACGGAUACAGACACUGUUCCCUGGCCGUGAUCAAUGCGUUAGCAAACAUAGCAGCUAACCUGGCCUCAGAGCAGAUGGUAGAUGAGCUGCUGGUCAACCUACUGGAGCUGUUUGUCCAGCUUGGACUGGAGGGCAAGAGGGCCAGCGAGAGGGCCUCGGACAAGGGCCCCGCACUGAAGGCGUCAAGCAGUGCAGGAAACCUUGGCGUACUGAUUCCUGUUAUUGCCGUGCUGACAAAGCGUCUGCCGCCCAUCAAGGAAGCGAAGCCUCGCCUGCAGAAGCUGUUCAGAGACUUCUGGCUCUACUCUGUGGUGAUGGGCUUCGCUGUUGAGGGAUCAGGUCUGUGGCCAGAGGAGUGGUAUGAGGGAGUGUGUGAGAUCGCCACCAAGUCUCCCCUCCUCACUUUCCCCAGUGGAGAACCCCUACGCUCUGAACUACAGUACAACUCUGCCCUGAAGAACGACACUGUCACCGCAGUAUGUGUCUACAGGCUGGAGUACAUGAGGAUGCUGCGUGCUCUAGACUCUGACCGUUUCCAGGUGAUGUUCCGCUACUUUGAGGACAGAGCCAUCCAGAAGGACAAGUCUGGGAUGAUGCAGUGUGUGAUAGCCGUUGGGGACAAAGUGUUUGAGGUCUUCCUACAGAUGAUGGCUGAGAAGCCGAAGACUAAAGCCCACGAGGAGGAGUUGGAGCGCCACGCUCAGUUCCUAUUGGUCAACUUCAACCACAUCCACAAGAGGAUCCGUAGGGUGGCCGACAAAUACCUGUCAGGUCUGGCCGAAACGUUCCCCCACCUGCUGUGGAGUGGCCGCGUACUGAAGACGAUGCUGGACAUCCUGCAGACCCUCUCCCUCUCCCUCGGCGCGGACAUCCAUAAGGACCAGCCGUACUACGACAUCCCGGACACGCCCUACAGGAUCACUGUACCAGACACAUACGAGGCCAGAGAGAGCAUAGUGAAGGACUUUGCUGCUCGCUGUGGGGAGAUCCUGAAGGAAGCCAUGAAGUGGGCCCCCUCUGUCACCAAGUCACACCUACAGGAGUACCUGAACAAGCAUCAGAACUGGGUGUCAGGUCUGUCCCAGCACACUGGCCUGGCCAUGGCUACAGAGAGCAUCCUGCACUUCGCUGGCUACAACAGACAGAGCACUACGCUAGGGAUCACUCAGCUGACAGAGAGGCCAGCCUGUGUGAAGAAAGACUACUCCAACUUCAUGGCCUCACUCAACCUGAGGAAUCGCUAUGCUGGAGAGGUGGCAGGUAUGAUUAAUUUCAUUGAGGCGGUGCGUAGCCAGUCAGACCUGUCCACCCUGAUGGUCAAACAGAUGACAGAGGCCCUUGACACUCAGAACCCUGAGGCCUUCACUGAGAACAUGUUCAAACUGGCUGCUCUGCUCAUCAGCACUAAAGAGUGUGAUCCUCAGCUGCUGCACCACCUGUGUUGGUCUCCUCUGAAGAUGUUUACAGAGCACGGCAUGGAGACGGCUAUCGCCUGCUGGGAAUGGCUGCUGGCUGCUCGCACUGGAGUGGAGGUCCCGUUCAUGCGUGAGAUGGCGGGGGCGUGGCAGAUGACAGUGGAGCUGAAGAUGGGCUUGUUCUCUGAUGCUCAGGUGGAGGCUGAUCCCCUAGCAGCCUCAGAGGAGAGUCAGCCUGUCCCCUGUCCCCCCAACGUCACCCCUCACUGCAUUUGGAUAGAGUUUCUGGUUCAGAGGUUUGAGAUAGCUAAAUAUUCCAGUGAAGACCAGGUGGAGAUAUUCGGGAGCCUAUUACAACGCUCGCUCUCCCUUAAUGUAGGCGGGGCCAAGAGCAGCCUCAACCGCCACGUAGCCGCCAUCGGACCUCGCUUUAGGCUCCUAACUCUGGGUCUAGCACUGCUCCAUUCUGACGUAGUCACCAACACCACCAUCAGAAAUGUCCUCCGAGAGAAGAUCUACUCCACCGCCUUCGACUACUUCAGUGCCCCUCCUAAGUUCCCUACUCAGGGGGACAAGCGUCUGCGCGAGGACAUCAGCUUCAUGAUUCGUUUCUACGCCAGCAUCCUGUCGGACAAGAAGUACCUGGCGGCGUGCCAGCUGGUUCCUCCCGGUGAGCUAGGCGCCGUGCCCACCCCCAGCACCCUCUCUGCCGGGAUAUUCGGAUCACUAAUCGUGUCCAGCACUUCUCCGAUAUCGAUGCUAAACAACCAGGACCCGUCUUUGAACAGUCUGUCUGUGAUGACGGCCCAGGACCCCAGGAGCACCAUGUCUCAUGACUCCAGCUCCCGCUCCCAGCAGAGUGGCCAGAGUGGCUGGAUCAACACCUACCCUCUGUCCUCUGGCAUGUCCACCGCCUCCAAGAAGUCAGGAAUGUCUAAGAAGAGUAACAGAGGGACUCAGCUCCAUAAAUACUACAUGAAGCGUCGGACCCUGCUGCUGGCCUUACUGGCCAGUGAGAUUGAGCGGUUGACUACCUGGUACAACCCUCUGUGCACCCAGGAGUUGGCCAUCGCUACAGAACAGUCCGUGGAGACCAGCAUCGCCAACUGGAGGUCCAAGUACAUCAGCCUCAGUGAGAAACAGUGGAAAGACAACGUCAACCUGGCCUGGAGUAUAGCUCCUUAUCUGGCUAUGCAGCUACCUGCCAGGUUUAAGAACGAUGCGAUCGUGGCUGAGGUGACCCGGCUGGUGAGGCUGGACCCUGGAGCGGUCAGUGACGUACCUGAGGCCGUCAAGUUCCUGGUGACGUGGCACACCAUUGAUGCAGACUCUCCAGAGCUGAGUCAUAUCCUGUGUUGGGCUCCUGCUGACCCUCCCACCGGCCUGUCCUACUUCUCCUCCAUGUACCCCCCGCAUCCCCUCACCGCUCAGUACGGGGUCAAAGUACUACGGUCGUUUCCUCCGGAUGCCAUCCUGUUUUACAUUCCUCAGAUAGUUCAGGCCCUGCGCUAUGACAAGAUGGGCUAUGUGAGAGAGUAUAUCCUGUGGGCGGCCCAGAAGUCUCAGCUGUUGGCCCACCAGUUCAUCUGGAACAUGAAGACGAACAUCUACCUGGACGAGGAGGCACACCACAAAGACCCCGACAUCGGGGAUCUGUUGGAGGAGAUGGUUGAGGAGAUAAUAGGUGCUCAGUCUGGUGCAGCCAAAGACUUCUUCCAGAGAGAGUUUGACUUCUUUGACAAAAUCACCAACGUAUCUGCAAUCAUUAAGCCCACCCCAAAGGGAGAUGAGAGGAAGAGGGCCUGUCUCAAGGCUCUGUCUGACAUCAAAGUCCAGCCAGGCUGCUAUCUGCCCAGUAACCCAGAGGCCAUCGUACUAGACAUCGACUACAAGUCUGGAACACCCAUGCAAAGUGCUGCCAAGGCCCCGUACCUAGCUAAGUUCAAGGUGAAGCGUUGUGGGGUCAGUGAACUGGAGAAGGAGGGUCUGCGUUGUCAGUCAGACUCUCAGGACGGGGAGGACAGCGAAGAAGUAGCUCGCAGGAUCGUCUGGCAAGCUGCCAUCUUUAAAGUGGGUGACGACUGCAGACAGGACAUGCUGGCUCUCCAGAUCAUUGGUCUGUUUAAGAACAUCUUCCAGCUGGUGGGACUGGACCUGUUUGUGUUUCCCUACAGAGUGGUUGCUACUGCCCCCGGGUGUGGUGUGAUCGAGUGUAUCCCCGACUGUAAGUCCCGUGACCAGCUGGGCAGACAGACAGACUUUGGGAUGUACGACUAUUUCAGGAACCAGUACGGAGAUGAGUCCACUCUGGCUUUUCAGAAGGCGAGGUACAACUUCAUCCGUAGUAUGGCAGCCUACAGCCUGCUGCUCUUUCUGCUGCAAAUCAAAGAUAGACACAACGGGAACAUCAUGCUGGACAGCAAGGGACACCUCAUCCACAUAGACUUUGGCUUCAUGUUUGAGAGUUCUCCUGGUGGUAACCUGGGCUGGGAGCCGGACAUCAAGCUGACUGACGAGAUGGUGAUGAUAAUGGGAGGCAAGAUGGAAGCCACUCCCUUCAAAUGGUUCAUGGAGAUGUGUGUCAGGGGGUACCUGGCCGUCAGGCCCUACAUGGAUGCGGUGGUGUCUCUGGUCACUUUGAUGCUGGACACUGGACUACCAUGCUUCAGAGGACAGACCAUCAAACUGCUCAAGCAGCGGUUCAACCCCAGUAUGAGUGAGAAGGAGGCGGCCGCUUACAUCAUCAAGGUCAUCCAGAGCUGCUUCCUCAGCAGCAGGAGCAAGACCUACGAUAUGCUGCAGUAUUACCAGAACCAGAUCCCAUACUAAAGACCUGCUGCAGUAUUAUCACAUACUUGGACCUGUCUGAUAUGAGUCCUUAUUCCCUAUAUAUGCAGUAACCUCUGCUUUUUAUCCUGUUUGUAAGGUCAGAGGUUGUCCUGUACAAAGUCAUUCUCUUCAGCUAGCUAGCAUCAAGCAUCUUGCGCACUUUAUAGAUCAUUGUAUUUCACCCACCUGAUUGGACCCUGAUCAAGAGUUGUUACACCAGACUGGAGAAUUCACACUAACCUAUCAAUCAACUAACCAACCAACCAGUCGAUUCCUGCGAAAGGCAAUCACACAACCGGUUACUGAACUCUAAUACAAUCAGCAAAUAUCACGGUCAUAAUACAUACCACAUAUCAAUCAUAUACUAAUGCUGUGUGUGUGUGUGUUUUAGUAGUCAAAAGCGAUAAGAGUAGAUCUUCUCUCGGGGGACAUUUCUAAUGGUGGCGCUGGUGACUAUAUCUGUCUUGAAUCAAUAACAUUGUGUGUGUGUGUGUGUGUGUGGACUUGUUUAACUAUUCUUGUGGGGACCAGUUUUCCCCACAAGAAUAGUAAUCAAACAAAUAUUUGACAAACUGGGGACAUUUUGUUAGUCCCCACAAGGUCUAAUGCUAUUUCUAGGGGGGUUAGGAGCUAGGGUUAGUUUUAGGGUUAAGGUUAGGUUUUUGGGUUAAGAGUAGGGGUUAGGAAAAAUAGGAUUUUGAAUGGGACUGAAUUGUGUCCCCACAAGGUUAGCUGUACCACACUCUGUGCGCGUGUAUCAGCUCCAAGGUGGUUGGGUCCAGUUUAGGAUAAACCAAUGUUUGUUUACCUACUAACCUACUAACUCUGCAUGUCUUAAGACCAGACCUUUACUAGUAUUAACAUAUUACAUGGAUUUAGUUAGCUGUCUUAAACGUGUGUGAUUUCUAUUUGGAGACAUUCCUCUUUCUGUACAAAAAGAUUUUCACCUUGGAUCCUCUUCUUGAAUCUCCAGGAUUUGGGUUUAGUAUUAUGAUGAUGGUAGUGAUGAUAAUGAUAACUAUGAAGACCCAAAAAGCCAUUUCUCUAAUCCUUGGCACAAACAGAAGUGUAAUUACAUAACUACUCUCCUCUGACGUUAUGCAAGAUGUUACCGUCUUAAUGUGUGUCAACAUAUGAGAUUGCUGUCAUUAUCCCUUCAAAAACCCUGCUGUACUAAAUGUUCUGUCUUUAUGAAGAAGAUGUUUUACUUGAUAGUCUGUAAAGAUAAUGAAUCUUGCAUCUGUUUAUCAUUUUAGAUUAGAAUGGUAUGUAAUUAUAUUUGUUCUGAAUGGAUAUGUUAUAAUUAACGUAAGGGUAUUUUACUUGGAUGUAUAAGAUGAAAUAACCUAUGUAUGUAUUACAGAUUUGUAAUAUGAAGGAAAUUACAGAGGGCUGUAUGUUUGUAAUAACUAACAAGACAUGCAUUUCAGACCAAUAAGAGCUGUUACAUUAUUAACCCCUAGUUGUACAAGCCUGAGUCCAUUGCUGUAGUCUUUUAAUUGGACUAUUGUCUAUUGAUUUAAUGUCUGUUUUCUACUGUCCUCUGUUGUCAGCCACUGUCUGCACCUUUUUUUGUGGUUACCGGUCUAAGUUCUACCAUAUCAAUCUCUCUCUGUGUGUGUGCACGUUUCUAGAAUCUUAGUAGAGAGCACAUUACACCCCCCCCCCAAUGUAUAAUUGUGAUCGAGUGCUGAAACAUAAACCCCAGUUGCAGCUACAAA